GCGGAAUAAGUCGGGGGGCCGCAGGACCCUGUGCAGAGCUGAUGGAUUGGGCAUGUGCCUUGAGCCUACAGAGUACGGCUUGGGGAAACAUAAAUCAUCCCAUCCCCUUAUCUCAGCUGUCUUUCCUCCCUUGCUGUCAUAAUUCUUCCUCGUCCUUUCUCCUGGUCGUGGUCGACACUGGGAGUACAGCGAAUUCAGAAACGGUCAAGCACCAAAGGAGAACGACGGUAGACAACACUAUUGAGACGAUCGGACUGGAACAAACAAAGCAUCGCCAUGGCGUCAGUCGUUCCUUAUAACGGCACAGUAGGGAAGGCAGACUCCGGCCACUCGACCGGAGUCAGCGACCUCAACAUCUUCUUCGACACUGGCCACAUGACAUGGAUCGCCAUCAGCUCCGCCCUCGUGCUUCUCAUGAUCCCCGGCGUGGGCUUCUACUACAGCGGCCUCGCCCGUCGCAAGUCGGCCCUCUCGCUGCUCCUCCUCUCCAUGGUCUCUGUGGGAGUCAUCAGCUUCCAGUGGUUCUUUUGGGGAUACUCGCUCACAUUUUCUCGGACUGGAAACGCGUUUCUCGGCGAUCUCACCCAGUUUGGCCUGCUGAAGACGCUGGCUCAGCCUAAUGGCUCGGCCAACUUGCCUGACAUCUUGUUUUGCCUGUACCAAGGCAUGUUUGCCGCUAUUACUCCUGCCCUCGCCAUCGGUGCCGUCGCCGAUCGCGGCCGCAUGCUCCCCGCCAUCGUCUUCAUGUUCGUCUGGUCCACCGUCGUCUACGACCCCAUCGCUUACUGGACCUGGAACGCCAACGGCUGGCUCGCCAAGCUGCCCAACUACGACUUCGCCGGCGGCGGCCCCGUCCACAUGUCCUCGGGCGCCUGCGCCCUCGCCUACAGCAUCAUGCUGGGCAAGCGCACCGGCUACAACAAGAACCGCGGCCUGCCUUACCGCCCGCACAGCGUCACAAACGUCGUCGUCGGCACCGUCUUCCUCUGGGUGGGCUGGUUCGGCUUCAACGGCGGCUCGGCUUUGGGCAUGAACCUCCGCGCCAUCAUGGCCUGCUUCGUGACCAACUUGGCUGCCUCGGUCGGUGGCGUCACUUGGAUCCUGCUGGAUUACCGUCUGGAGAGGAAAUGGAGCACGAUUGGGUUCUGCUCAGGGGCUAUUGCUGGCCUGGUGGCGAUUACUCCCGCGUCUGGCUACGUUACUCCUUGGGCCAGCUUCAUCAUUGGCGUCGUUGGCGCCAUCUGCUGCAACUUUGCUACCAAGCUCAAGUUCCUCAUUGGCGUUGACGAUGCCCUCGACAUUUUCGCCGUCCACGGCAUCGGCGGUAUGGUCGGCAACAUCUUGACCGGCAUCUUUGGAACCUCCUCCAUCGCCAACCUCGACGGCUCCACCUUCGGCCCCAUCGGCUGGGUCAACGGCCACUGGGUCCAGCUCGGCAACCAGCUCGCCGGCGUCUGCGCCAUCUUCGGCUACUCCUUCACCCUCUCCUGCAUCAUCCUCUUCCUCAUGAACCUCAUUCCCGGCCUGUCCCUGCGCGUCACCGUCGAGGACGAGGACGUCGGCGUCGACGACUGCCAGCUCGGCGAGUUCGCCUACGACUACGUCGAGAUGCGGCGGCACGUCCUGGACGGCGAGACGCCCCUGGCGGACACGCCGGCUGUGAUGAGCAGUAGCUCGAGCACGGCGGAGAAGCAUUCUGCGGAGAAGAUGCCCGUGGGGAUGGUUUGAAGUUGAAAAAAAGGAACGGUUUUAUGCACACUGCGUAUUUAAUAGGGUUUUAUGGGAUGGAGUAUAUAAUUAUUUAUUUUUUUACAGACGGAUAUGGCAGAGGAUGAAAAUCAUGAUAUCGAUACCAUUUUACAACACUUUAUAGCUAUUUAGUUAUGUGCAAUUAGACAUGUAUAUUUGCAAUUA